AUGGGAGAAAACCAUUGUUUAGACUCGUCAGUGGGGAAGAGGAAAAGAAGCUUGGCUGUUAGCUCUUCUCAGGACCCACCUUUCUCAGGAUUAAACCAGUUGUUCCUUAUUGACUUUGGCUUGGCGAAGAAGUACCGAGACAACCGAACACGGCAGCACAUCCCCUACAGAGAAGACAAGAACCUGACUGGCACAGCCCGCUACGCCUCCAUCAACGCACAUCUGGGCAUUGAACAGAGCCGCCGUGAUGACAUGGAAUCGCUGGGCUACGUGCUGAUGUACUUCAACAGAACCAGUCUGCCGUGGCAGGGAUUAAAGGUAUGGAAACAUCACUGA